AUGCGUCGCUCUACAAUACACCUGCAGCGUGGCUCUACAAUACACCUGCGUCGUGGCUCUACUGUACUCCUGCAGCGUGGCUCUACUGUACACCUGCAGGGUGGCUCUACUGUACACCUGCAGCGUGGCUCUACUGUACACCUGCAGCGUGGCUCUACUGUACACCUGCAGCGUGGCUCUACUGUACACCUGCAGGGUGGCUCUACUGUACACCUGCAGCGUGGCUCUACUGUACACCUGCAGCGUGGCUCUACUGUACACCUGCAGGGUGGCUCUACUGUACACCUGCAGCGUGGCUCUACUGUACACCUGCAGCGUGGCUCUACUGUACACCUGCAGCGUGGCUCUACUGUACACCUGCAGCGUGGCUCUACUGUACACCUGCAGGGUGGCUCUACUGUACACCUGCAGCGUGGCUCUACUGUACACCUGCAGGGUGGCUCUACUGUACACCUGCAGCGUGGCUCUACUGUACACCUGCAGCGUGGCUCUACUGUACACCUGCAGCGUGGCUCUACUGUACACCUGCAGCGUGGCUCUACUGUACACCUGCAGCGUGGCUCUACUGUACACCUGCAGCGUGGCUCUACUGCACUGCAGCGACUGUACACCUGCAGCGUGGCUCUACUGUACACCUGCAGCGUGGCUCUACUGUACACCUGCAGGGUGGCUCUACUGUACACCUGCAGCGUGGCUCUACUGUACACCUGCAGCGUGGCUCUACUGUACACCUGCAGCGUGGCUCUACUGUACACCUGCAGGCGUGGCUCUACUGUACACCUGCGGCGUGGCUCUACUGUACACCUGCAGCGUGGCUCUACUGUACACCUGCAGGGUGGCUCUACUGUACACCUGCAGGGUGGCUCUACUGUACACCUGCAGCGUGGCUCUACUGUACACCUGCAGGGUGGCUCUACUGUACACCUGCAGCGUGGCUCUACUGUACACCUGCAGGGUGGCUCUACUGUACACCUGCAGGGUGGCUCUACUGUACACCUGCAGCGUGGCUCUACUGUACACCUGCAGGGUGGCUCUACUAUACACCUGCAGCGUGGCUCUACUAUACACCUGCAGGGUGGCUCUACUGUACACCUGCAGGGUGGCUCUACUGUACACCUGCAGCGUGGCUCUACUGUACACCUGCAGGGUGGCUCUACUGUACACCUGCAGCGUGGCUCUACUGUACACCUGCAGGGUGGCUCUACUGUACACCUGCAGCGUGGCUCUACUGUACACCUGCAGGGUGGCUCUACUGUACACCUGCAGCGUGGCUCUACUGUACACCUGCAGCGUGGCUCUACUGUACACCUGCAGGGUGGCUCUACUGUACACCUGCAGCGUGGCUCUACUGUACACCUGCAGGGUGGCUCUACUGUACUCCUGCAGCGUGGCUCUACUGUACACCUGCAGCGUGGCUCUACUGUACACCUGCAGGGUGGCUCUACUGUAUACCUGCAGCGUGGCUCUACUGUACACCUGCAGGGUGGCUCUACUGUACACCUGCAGCGUGGCUCUACUGUACACCUGCAGCGUGGCUCUACUAUACACCUGCAGCGUGGCUCUACUAUACACCUGCAGCGUGGCUCUACUAUACACCUGCAGCGUGGCUCUUACACACCUGCAGCGUGGCUCUACUAUACACCUGCAGCGUGGCUCUACUGUACACCUGCAGCGUGGCUCUACUGUACACCUGCAGCGUGGCUCUACUGUACACCUGCAGCGUGGCUCUACUGUACACCUGCAGCGUGGCUCUACUAUACACCUGCAGCAUGGCUCUACUGUACACCUGCAGCGUGGCUCUACUAUACACCUGCAGCGUGGCUCUACUAUACACCUGCAGCGUGCUCUACUGUACACCUGCAGCGUGGCUCUACUGUACACCUGCAGCGUGGCUCUACUGUACACCUGCAGCGUGGCUCUACUGUACACCUGCAGCGUGGCUCUACUGUACACCUGCAGCGUGGCUCUACUGUACACCUGCAGCGUGGCUCUACUAUACACCUGCAGCGUGGCUCUACUAUACACCUGCAGCGUGGCUCUACUAUACACCUGCAGCGUGGCUCUACUAUACACCUGCAGCGUGGCUCUACUAUACACCUGCAGCGUGGCUCUACUAUACACCUGCAGCGUGGCUCUACUAUACACCUGCAGCGUGGCUCUACUAUACACCUGCAGUCGUGGCUCUACUGUACACCUGCAGCGUGGCUCUACUGUACACCUGCAGCGUGGCUCUACUGUACACCUGCAGCGUGGCUCUACUAUACACCUGCAGCGUGGCUCUACUAUACACCUGCAGCGUGGCUCUACUAUACACCUGCAGCAUGGCUCUACUAUACACCUGCAGCAUGGCUCUACUUACACCGAGCUAUACACCUGCAGCGUGGCUCUACUAUACACCUGCAGCAUGGCUCUACUAUACACCUGCAGCAUGGCUCUACUAUACACCUGCAGCAUGGCUCUACUGUACACCUGCAGCGUGGCUCUACUGUACACCUGCAGCGUGGCUCUACUGUACACCUGCAGCGUGGCUCUACUAUACACCUGCAGCGUGGCUCUACUGAUACACCUGCAGCGUGGCUCUACUGUACACCUGCAGCGUGGCUCUUCUGUACACCUGCAGCGUGGCUCUACUGUACACCUGCAGGGUGGCUCUACUGUACACCUGCAGCGUGGCUCUACUGUACACCUGCAGCGUGGCUCUACUGUACACCUGCAGGGUGGCUCUACUGCACACCUGCAGCGUGGCUCUACUGUACACCUGCAGCGUGGCUCUACUGUACACCUGCAGCGUGGCUCUACUGUACACCUGCAGGGUGGCUCUACUGUACACCUGCAGCGUGGCUCUACUGUACACCUGCAGCGUGGCUCUACUGUACACCUGCAGGGUGGCUCUACUGUACACCUGCAGCGUGGCUCUACUGUACACCUGCAGGGUGGCUCUACUGUACACCUGCAGCGUGGCUCUACUGUACACCUGCAGGGUGGCUCUACUGUACACCUGCAGCGUGGCUCUACUGUACACCUGCAGGGUGGCUCUACUGUACACCUGCAGGGUGGCUCUACUGUACACCUGCAGCGUGGCUCUACUGUACACCUGCAGGGUGGCUCUACGUACACCUGCGGCGUGGCUCUACUGUACACCUGCAGCGUGGCUCUACUGUACACCUGCAGGGUGGCUCUACUGUACACCUGCAGCGUGGCUCUACUGUACACCUGCAGGGUGGCUCUACUGUACACCUGCAGCGUGGCUCUACUGUACACCUGCAGGGUGGCUCAGUACACCUGCAGCGCACCGGUGGCUCUACUGUACACCUGCAGGGCAACACCCGCAGCGGUGGCUCUACUGUACACCUGCAGGGUGGCUCUACUGUACUCCCGCAGCGUGGCUCUACUGUACACCUGCAGCGUGGCUCUACUGUACACCUGCAGGGUGGCUCUACUGUAUACCUGCAGCGUGGCUCUCUGUACACCUGCAGGGUGGCUCUACUGUACACCUGCAGCGUGGCUCUACUGUACACCUGCAGCGUGGCUCUACUAUACACCUGCAGCGUGGCUCUACUAUACACCUGCAGCGUGGCUCUACUAUACACCUGCAGCGUGGCUCUACUAUACACCUGCAGCAUGGCUCUACUAUACACCUGCAGCAUGGCUCUACUGUACACCUGCAGCGUGGCUCUACUGUACACCUGCAGCGUGGCUCUACUGUACACCUGCAGCGUGGCUCUACUAUACACCUGCAGCGUGGCUCUACUAUACACCUGCAGCAUGGCUCUACUGUACACCUGCAGCGUGGCUCUACUAUACACCUGCAGCGUGGCUCUUACUAUACACCUGCAGUGUGGCUCUACUAUACACCUGCAGCGCGGCUCUACUAUACACCUGCAGCGUGCUCUACUGUAUACCCGCAGCGUGGCUCUACUGUACACCUGCAGCGUGGCUCUACUGUACACCUGCAGCGUGGCUCUACUAUACACCUGCAGCGUGGCUCUACUAUACACCUGCAGCGUGGCUCUACUAUACACCUGCAGCGUGGCUCUACUAUACACCUGCAGCGUGGCUCUACUAUACACCUGCAGCGUGGCUCUACUAUACACCUGCAGCGUGGCUCUACUAUACACCUGCAGCGUGGCUCUACUAUACACCUGCAGCGUGGCUCUACUAUACACCUGCAGCGUGGCUCUACUAUACACCUGCAUGUGGCUCUACUAUACACCUGCAGCGUGGCUCUACUAUACACCUGCAGCGUGCUCUACUGUAUACCUGCAGCGUGGCUCUACUGUACACCUGCAGGGUGGCUCUACUGUACACCUGCAGCGUGGCUCUACUGUACACCUGCAGCGUGGCUCUACUAUACACCUGCAGCGUGGCUCUACUAUACACCUGCAGCGUGGCUCUACUAUACACCUGCAGCAUGGCUCUACUAUACACCUGCAGCGUGGCUCUACUAUACACCUGCAGCGUGGCUCUACUAUACACCUGCAGCGUGGCUCUACUAUACACCUGCAGCAUGGCUCUACUAUACACCUGCAGCAUGGCUCUACUAUACACCUGCAGCAUGGCUCUACUGUACACCUGCAGCGUGGCUCUACUGUACACCUGCAGCGUGGCUCUACUGUACACCUGCAGCGUGGCUCUACUAUACACCUGCAGCGUGGCUCUACUAUACACCUGCAGCGUGGCUCUACUGUACACCUGCAGCGUGGCUCUACUAUACACCUGCAGCGUGGCUCUACUAUACACCUGCAGCAUGGCUCUACUAUACACCUGCAGCGUGGCUCUACUAUACACCUGCAGCGUGGCUCUACUAUACACCUGCAGCGUGGCUCUACUAUACACCUGCAGCGUGACUCUACUGUAUACCUGCAGCGUGGCUCUACUGUACACCUGCAGCGUGGCUCUACUGUACACCUGCAGCGUGGCUCUACUGUACACCUGCAGCGUGGCUCUACUAUACACCUGCAAUGUGGCUCUACCACGUGUAAAGUCAUUGCUUAA